AACCGCACAAAAUGGCGGCGGCUCGGUGCGUCACGCCGGGCUCUUAAAGGAGACGCAGCCCCUCGGGCUUGGCGGCUUGGGGGAGACGACGAACGAUCGGCGGACGAAGGGACGCGGGAGAGGGGUGUGUUGAGAGCCGCUGCCUUCGUUUGGAGUCGCCCCGGAGGUCGCUUGGCACGCUCCGGCCCUGGCGGCAAGCGGGAUGCGGUGAAACGGCGUUACCAUGUCAACGCAGUUCUUCCAGGUAUUGGUCAUAUGACGUUCUGUGGCUUUGGCCAUGAAGAGAGGCUCAGGAAUAAAAGCACUAUGUAGAAAAACACAGAUGUCAGCUUCUCGGACACCCAGUCCCAUGUCUUCUGUCAGUUCAAGUACCAGAUCGCCAUCUCCUCUUAGCCAACAGACAUCUCCAUGCAAAGACAUAGAGCAGAGGCACCAACAACUUGAUACUACAGCAGAAAAUGUAGAAGCUGCUUUUGAGCCUAAGUUUCAUAAAGAUGAAAAUGCUGUUAGUCCAGGAGUUAGGUACAUUACUGAACCCCUUAUUAAAAGUCUGUCAAAACAGGAAAAUUUGGCAUAUAUAAGCUCUCUGAAUCUUUCUUCCCUAAAGGAUGGGGGCAAGAAAUUUAAGUACAUAGAACACUUGGAAAAGUGCUGUAAACUAGAGACACUAAAUCUUAGUAAAAACCAAAUAGAGAAGAUUGAGAAGCUGGAUAAACUGAUGAAGUUGCGUGAACUCAAUUUGUCUUGCAACAAAAUCAGGAAAAUUGAAGGUCUAGAACACAUGCAGAAUCUACAAAAGCUGAACCUUGCAGGGAAUGAGAUUGAGCAUAUUCCUGUGUGGGUGGGGAAGAAACUGAGAUCCCUGCGCCUCCUCAAUUUGAAACAGAAUCAAGUUUCAUCACUCCAUGAGAUAGCUAAACUAAAGCCUCUCCAAGACCUGACAUCUCUCUUCCUUGCUGAUAACCCAGUUGUAAGCCUGCCUCACUACCGCCUCUACACCAUAUUCCACCUGCGAGCACUGGAACACUUGGAUGGACAGCCAGUGACAAAUCAUGACAGGCAGGAAGCUCUGGAGAGGUUUAAUUUAGAAGAGAUAGAGAAUUUAGAGAGAGAGUUGGAAAACACAGUAAAGGAGAUGGAGAAGCUUAAACUUCAGCAGUCCAAAGUGCUUGAGCAACUUCACCAUCAAGAUGAGGUCAACAAAUCAUUAAAAGACAAGACUUUGCAACAAAAGCAAAGCUAUGAAGACCUACAAAGGGAUGUGGACACCAAAAAUGAAUUGUUAAAGCAGAAGACCAUGGAGCUAACUCGAGCUUGCCAGAAGCAGUAUGAGCUGGAGCAGGAACUGGCAUUUUACAAGAUUGAUGCAAAAUUUGAGCCCUUAAAUUAUUUUCCAUCAGAGGAUGUGGAACUUGAUAACGUCCCUGGUGAAAGCCCAUACAUUGGUAAGGCCAGGUAUAAAAGAAAUAUGUUUAUAAGAGAAGGCUACAUUGCUAACAAAGCUCAGCAGAUAGAGAUUGGAAAUAUGCAACUAGGUGAAGAUGACUUCUGUCGGACACCCCAGCUGAAGCUGCAGCUCCAAACUCUAAAUGAGCUACUAGAGGGUAAAGAAAAAAAGAUCAAUUCAGCACAAAGAAGAUUAGAAGAACUGCAAAGCACAAUAGGAAAUGCAGAGCAACAAGUUUUGAAGGUUACAGGGGAACCGCAACAACUGGAGGAUGCUCUGGCCCAGAAAAAAAUGCUGCAGGACAAGGAAGGUCUUGAGCAGCAACUGAGUGAAAAGAUCCAAAUCCUGCAUCAGCUACAUAAGGAGACUUUGGAACUGGAAAAACAAAUGGAGAAACAAAGAAGAGAAACAGAGGAAAAGCAGAAAGAGCUCGAGGACCUGCAGAGUUCUCUUGCUUCUGUAAAUCAUGAAGAUCCAAGACAUGCUCACAUGAAAGCUCAAAAAGCAAGUAAAGAACAGCAGUUUGAUGUAAUGAACAAACAUUACAAACAGCUGGAGAGUCGCCUGGAUGAAAUGCUCUCCAGGAUUGCAAAGGAAACUGAGGAAAUCAAGGACCUGGAGCAGCAGCUCACUGAUGGUCAAAUAGCAACAAAUGAAGCACUGAAAAGGGACUUAGAAAGUGUUAUCCUUGGAUUGCAGGAAUACCUGGAAAGCGUUAAGCAUCAGGCAAAACAAGCCAAUGAUGAGUGUAAGGAGUUGCAGAAAGACAAAGAAUCUUUGCUACAAAGAUUGGUAGAUCUAGAGGAGGAAAAAAACAACCUGGAAAUAGUUGCUAUGGAUGCAGAAAAUAUGAGAAAAGAGAUUGCCAUGUUAGAGGGGGCACUCCAAGAGCAGCGGGAAGUAAACGAGUCCCUCAGAGAUGCACAAGGGAACCUCAGCGCCUAUGAGGCUGAACUGGAAGCUCAGCUAAGAGACAGAGACACUGAAGCCAUUCAGCACAAAGAAGAACUGGAAAGACUGAAACAACUGAGCCAGAUGGAAGUGUCAGCUCUGCAAGCUCAACUUGAAAAAGAAGGGCAAGCAUUAGAAAAUGCUCUGACCAAAGCACAAGUGGCAGAAGAGAAGGAACAUAUGCUCCUCUCUCAGUUCAAACAACUGCAGGGAGACAAUAAUCUCCUGAAGCAACAACUUAAAGAUCUUCAGAAUCAGUUAAACCAUGUGGUUGGUAAUUUAAUUCACCCUGAGGAAGUCUUAGCUCGUAUAAAUGAACUCAAGCAAAAGCUUCAGACAGGAGCUGGAGAAAUUAAAUGUCGGAAUCCAGACGAUGUUUUAGGGAAAAGCCUUGCAAAUCUGCAGAAAGCGUUUAAUGACAUCCUUGCUGAUGCUCAGAGGGAGAAAGAGAAAGCAUGGGCUGAACAGAGACAGCUGCAGGAAGAAGUGGUAUCCCAGCAGGAAAAACUGGAUGAAGUGCAGGAGAAAUACAGACAGGUUAAAGCUGAGAACAUGCAGAAUAAGAACAAGGUCCAUCAGUUAGAGAAUGAAAUUCAACAUUUACAUGAAAAAGUAAAGAGCAUGGAAGACCUUCAGGGCCUUGCUGAUCAACAGCUCCAAGAGGCAGAUGAAGAGAAAGAGACCAUUCUUGCUCAACUGAGAGAUUUGGAGAAAAGGAAACAGACAGAAGAUGCCAGGGCACAACUGCAAUUUGUCAGUCUAGAUAAUGAACUGAAGCAAUUAAAGAGAGCAAUCAUUGCUUCAGAUAAACUGGCAACCACAGAGCUCUCCAAUGCUAAAAACCAGCUAAAGGCUCUUCAUGGCACUGUGCUCAGGAUUAAUCAGGAGCGAGCUGAGGAGAUGGAGGAAGCCCAAGAGUCCUGUGCUGAGGCAGCUCGUGCAGCCCAGGAUCUUGCCAGAGCAGAAGCAGAAAUCGAAUUGUUACAACAACUCCUCAGAGAGAAGGAAGAACAAUUUCAGCAUGAAAUGGAGAAGGCUGGUGAGAAGAGUGUUGCAUCAAGCUUUCAGAAGUUUGAAAUUGAUAAAUUAAAUGAAGCUAUGGAGCAACAAAAGGCAGAAAUUGACCAUUUAAGAUGGCUGUUGGAUAACAUUGGGACAGGUAACAAAGAUGAAAUUGACAACUUACAAGAUGAAAUUGCAGCACUCAGGAAUGUGCUUUCACACCAGAAUGAUUACAUCACCAGUGUAGCAGAUCCAUUGAAAAGAAGGGGAUACUGGUAUUAUGUGCCAUCAUCACAGGCCUCAUCUCCUGCUUCCCGCAGCACAAAGGACUCGGGCGUUUGUCUGCGGUGCCGGGGCUCAUCCCCACCCUGGAGAGGGUGUGCUCAGGACAGGCCCUGCAGGAAGGAAGAGUGGCCCAGUCAAGGAGGAUGUUGGGUGUAUUCACCAGUCAGAAAUAGGUCACACAGAACAAGUUCAGGUAGAGAGAGAGUAAAGGAAGGUUGUGAAGCAAAUGAAGGAAGCCACGUUCCCAAAGAGCCUCCCUUUGUACCACCCCCUGGUACAGUUAUCUACACAGUCCUUCCAGAUGGUGCCCCUGUGCCUCAAGGAACUGUGGUUUAUGGCCCUCCUCCUCCAGCAGCAGGUGGAGAUUCCAUUGCUCCUGGCUCUGUGAUCUAUGGCCCCCCUCCUCUGGGAGCUCAGGUUGUCUAUGGGCCUCUUCCUCCAAACUUCACAGUCCCACUCAUUCCUGCUGGAGUGCUUCACUGCAACGUGCCUGAACAUCAUGAGUUGGAGAGUGAGGUCUCAAGGCUGGAAGACACUGUGUAUCAUUUAAAGUCUCGGAAAUACAAAGAUAAAUGGUCAGAGGCAGCUGAGCAUAAAUGCCAGAAAAAGGUGAAGAAGCUGCAACAAAACAUUGAGGAGCUCCUGCAGGAGAAAGCAGAGCUGGAGCAGGCGAUUGCAGAGCUGCAGCGAGCAGCUCACAGACACCAGCGCAAGGACUUUCUUGCCGGCUGCACUGACAGCCUGAUUGCAGAACUGCAGCUAGAAAACUCUCUUAAACAUCAUGGAGAUAUUGCAGAUGAAAUUGAGUGUGUAGAGAGGACUCUUCUGAAACGCCGGGCAGAGCUCAGAGAGGCAGACAGGCUCCUGGCACAGGCUGAAGCGGAACUUGAGAGCACACGGGGCAAAACUAAAGACACUAUUCAAAAGUACAGUCAUGCCAAACAGCACUUGUCCUGUACUGAGGCUGAGGCAAAGGAGCUAGAGCGAAGGGCUCAGGAAAUGGCCAUUAAGCUUGUGAAAGCAGAUCAGCAAUUAAGGUUAUUACAGGCAAAUACAAGGGAUUUGGAACAGCAUAAGAGGGAACAAGAAGAUAUUUUGAAGGAGAUCAACAAAAUGGUGGCUGCAAGAGACUCUGAGUUCCAGUCAUUAAACCAGAAGAUAGAAAUGUUAACUGAAAGUCUUCAGAAGCUUCAAGGAAAUGUUCAGGUUGCAGAAGGUAAUGAAGAACAUCACCUCCAGAUCCUUAGAGAAGCAGAAAGCCUUCUUCAGGGCAAGAAAACUGAACUGGAAAGGCUGAAAGAUCAGAUCACUGCUCACCAACAAGAGCUCUUGUUUCUGGAGCAACAGUUAAAUCAAAGGAAAGAAGAGCUUCGUGGCCUUCAGGACUGUAUUUCUCAAAGGCAAGGUGACCUCAAGGAAGCUCUUCGAGACGGGGAGACCGAAGCAAAUGAAAAACUACGGCAAAUACGAGAAAUAAAGCUGCUUCUGGAAGAGCUUGACAUAGAGAAGAAAGAACUGGAUGUCCAGAUAAGUGAGAAGAGAGCACAGCUUUCCUUCAUAAAGAAGGAUAUUGGAAAAGAGGAAGCAAAUCUUCAAGCAAUACUCGGGCAGAUUACCAGGCAUAAGACAGAACUGAAACACGUUCUGGAAAUGCUGGAGCUUGAAAAUAAUGCACUGGAAGGUUUGAAACUGCAGCAUGACCAGAAGGUCAGCGAGCUAGAAAAGACUCAGGUUGCAAUUCUAGAAGAGAAGUUAAAAUUGGAGAAUGUUCAGAGGUUAUUUCAGUGUCAGCAAGGGGAAGUAGAUUGGCAGGAACAACUCCUCGAGAAAGACCGUCAGGAGAACGAACAUCUGGUGUCUCAAAUGCGCACCCUGCAAAACACUGUGGAGUCCCUGUGUAAAGAAAAGGGAAAGCUCCAAGAAGACUGUCAGGCUUUGGAAAAGAAGUUGUCACAAAGCAGAAGAGACUUAGCUGUUACUGAAGACAGCAGCAGAGCUGCACUGUCCAAUGUACAAAGAAUGGAACUGGAUCUUAAAAACUUGCAGCAGGAGGUAGAGCUACUCAACAAACAAAAAACAUCUCUGAGUGGAGACAUCACUGUUGUACAGAAGAAUCUUCAAGAAAAAAGGGAAGAAUUAGAAGCACUGAAAAGAGAACUAAAGGACUCCAGGCAAGAGCUGCAACUAGUGGAACAGGACUUGAAGAAUAGCACAAGGCAUCAGGAUGAGUUGCUUCGAGAGCAGGCAGCCCUGAAGGAAGAUCUCUUGGAGUACUCAAGGAAACGUAAGGAUUGCCAAGAGAGACAGAAGAGGAGAGAGAACCAACUGCAGCAGCUCCAGAAGGAGAUUGAAGAGAAAGAAACAGAAGUAGCCAAACAAGAAGCGAUUCUUCACCACCUCAAGCAAAGUGCAGAGCAUGAAGGAAAAAAACUAGAAGAAUGUGCUGCUAAAGUGAAAGAUCAGAAAAUGCUGUUGGAGAAGGAACUAACAGAUCAACAAAAGAAACUGGAGCAGACAACAGCAAAAGUAAAGCUGGCAGAAGAAAACCUCAGGCAGCUGGAAAAGGAGGAGUCCCAGUGUGCAGCACUUGAGGAUGCUCUCAGAAAAAGCAAACAUCACCUCUCGGAAAAAGAAUUUCAAUUACAACAGAAAACCAGAGAAAUAGAGUCUCUUCAGAAAGAUCUGGAAGAUUCCAGGUCUGAGCUAAACCAUCUCCAAGAUCAAAUAGCAUCAGAGAGGAAAAAAGCAAGGAAACAAAUCUUGAGUCUGAGGGAAGUGACGGAAGUGCAAAGGAUGCAGCUGGAAAGGAAACUGCACGAACAAAGGCAGGAGAAUAACUGUUUGCAGAGUGAUCUGGCAACUGCAGAACAAGUAGCACACACCAACCAGGAACAGGCCACACGCCUGAGGAGAGAGCUGGGCCGGGCCCGGCAGGACUGUCGGCAUCUCCAGGCACAGGUUGAGACCCAAGAAGGCCUGGGAAAGAGACAAGAAGAAACAGAGAACCCAGCAAUGCUUCAACUGGAGGUUGAAGAUGAAGUUAGGAUGGAGUUUGAAUCUUCGAGUUCAUCCUCUCUAGAACCGCUGGAGGAUUUGGAAGCAUCUCUGGAAGUCCAGGGACGUCGGUGGUGUGAUUCUGAUCCCUUGGAGGAGGCUGCUCCAUCUGCUGCUGCUGACAAGAGACGCCUCUUGUUGGAAGAAAAGCUGAAUUUUUCUGAAGUGUUGUUAAUGGAUGAGCAGUGGCGGGGAGAGGCUCUGCGAGAGCGACUGCAGCACCGCGAGGACCGGCUGAAGGCUCAGCUGCGGCAGCGCAUGUCCAGGCAGGCAGAAGUGCUGCUGCGGGGGAAGCGGCGCACGGCCGGCAGCCUGCACAGCCUGCAGCGGCAGCUGGACGCGCUGCACCACCUCGUCAGCAGCUCGGCUGCAGCGCCGCUCCCCGCCCACAGCUCGGCUCCAGCAGCGCCUCCUGACGCCCUGAAGUUAACAGAAACUCAGGCCCCUCUCCCUGGCCGGGCACCAGCUCUUGCCCCCGCGUCGCAGCCGCCACGCUCCUGCUCCCAAGGAGCCUCUCAGUAAAGCCCAAGUGGCCCACAUCUGGUUGGCACAGAGGGAGAGCCUGGCAGCUGGACUGCAGUUACAGCUCCUUCCUGUACCAGCUGGAUACACAGCACCCUUCUGUCAUGGCUCAAGGUAAAAGUGGAUUUCUUCAAGAGCUGCUGCACAUCAGAGGAAAAGCUUCAAGUGCAGCUCUGGCUGCUUCUCAGGAGUGGCAGCAGCAGGAGGUGGGUUCCUGCUCUAGGCGCUGCAGCACUGUGCCUGUGCCAGAGCCAGAGCAGGGCCAGGCCCCACCAGAGCAGCUCCUCGGCCACAUGCCCUCCGUUACCACCCCGAGGACCUUCUACCUCACCCUUUCACACAGCCUUUCCUGGACAGGUAUUUGCCACCCCUGACCAGCAGGAUCUGCUCCCCACUGUGAAGUUUUUGUACAACUGAGGCACUGAGCUUUAUGUAUAUAUGUUGUUUUAAAACAAGAUAUUUGAGAUGGGGAUUUAAGUCUGUCCCAACCCCCUCCUCGUGUUUUGGUGCACGUGUGUGACAUUUUCCACUGUAAAGAACACUUGUAAUGGGGACAGAGCUGUCCCUGGCCCUGUUGGCUAA